AAAGGAAGAGAAAGUGAGGGAGAAAAUCACAUGGCCUCGUUGCCAGUGGGACCUCAGCAGCAGCAUCACCAUCAUCAUCAGCCACCAUCCGAGUCCGACAAUCACUUUCAUCACCACCACCAUAAUGCUCUUGACCAAGCUCCGCCUGCCCCCGCCGCCGCCGUGAAGCCUGCACCCCCCUCCGAUACUGGUAUGGACACAGACAAGGAGAUGGCAGGGUCUACAGUUGAGGGAAACGAUCCACUCGCCGGGCACAUUAUAUCCACCACUAUUGGUGGGAAGAACGGCGAACCCAAGAGGACAAUUAGUUACAUGGCAGAGCGUGUUGUGGGUACCGGAUCAUUUGGAAUAGUUUUUCAGGCAAAAUGCUUAGAAACCGGAGAGUCCGUUGCCAUAAAGAAGGUUUUGCAGGAUAAGCGUUAUAAAAAUCGCGAGCUGCAGUUAAUGCGUUUGAUGGAUCAUCCAAAUGUGAUAUCUCUAAAGCACUGCUUUUUCUCUACAACAACCAGAGAUGAGCUUUUCCUUAAUUUGGUUAUGGAUUAUGUUCCCGAGACAAUGUACAAGGUCCUAAAGCAUUAUACAAAUUCAAACCAAAGGAUGCCACUCAUCUAUGUCAAACUCUACACUUAUCAGUUGUUUAGGGGGCUUGCUUAUAUGCAUUCAGUCGCUGGUGUAUGCCACAGAGAUAUAAAACCUCAAAAUAUAUUGGUUGAUCCUCUUACACACCAGGUCAAGAUUUGUGACUUUGGAAGUGCUAAGGUUCUUGUGAAGGGUGAAGCUAAUAUAUCCUACAUUUGCUCUCGUUACUAUCGUGCCCCAGAACUCAUAUUUGGUGCAACAGAAUAUACAACAUCAAUUGAUAUUUGGUCAGCUGGUUGUGUUCUUGCCGAGCUACUUUUGGGCCAGCCCCUUUUCCCUGGCGACAAUGCUGUUGAUCAACUAGUAGAGAUCAUCAAGGUUCUUGGCACUCCUACUCGAGAAGAAAUUCGGUGCAUGAAUCCAAACUACACAGAUUUCAGGUUUCCCCAGAUUAAAGCCCAUCCAUGGCACAAGGUUUUUCAUAAGCGAAUGCCUCCAGAAGCAAUUGAUCUAGCUUCGCGCCUACUUCAGUACUCACCAAGCCUUCGGUGCACAGCUUUAGAGGCAUGUGCUCAUCCUUUCUUUGAGGAGCUUCGGGAGCCAAAUGCCCGCCUUCCGAAUGGUCGCCCAUUUCCUCCACUUUUUAACUUUAAGCAAGAGCUGUCUGGAGUUUCACCUGAAUUGGUAGUUAAGCUGAUACCGGAGCACAUCCGACGGCAAGCUGGUCUGAGUAUUCCAUCUCCCCAUCCCACCGGAACGUGAUGAUCUGAAGCUAAAAUCAAUGUUCGUUAUGGUUUGAUGGGUAAAAAUAGCUGAAAGAAAAGAGGCUCUUGCUUUAUCGCUAGUACCAGAAUUGGCAUUUCGACACUAAUCUGUGGUUUUUUAUGCCUAGCCAACUGCGAGUAUGAUGUAUGUAUGCACAUAUUGGCUACUUCAGUUAGUGGUAAGUUGGUGAGUGUAAUGUUUGCUUUAGGUCGCGCCUCUGUAUAUGUGUACUGCCUGAAACACAGAGAGUAAUAUGUCGUAGCUGAUUAUAACAUUCGGGGCGAAAUAUGUUUACAUUGUCGUUCAUGUUAGUCCGAACAGUUUGUGUUAAAACAUCAACAUAGCAGCAUAAUUCCAGUGUAUUUCUGUUACUUAA